GUUGUGUUUGUAUGUGUUUCAACAGUAUCAUUUAAUGAUUCUUCGCUAUUUUUAUUAUUUAUAGUCGACCUAUUUUCAAGACGUUUGCCGUUGUUUGAAUAUUCAUUACUUUUAACGGAUAAACUUCAACGAAGGAGAAAGCUUAUCGGCAAGUGCAAGGAGUGGUAAAAGUUGCUGUCGUCUGCGGAAUUUCUCAUAUGUGGCAAAAGGACUAAAGGAAAUUCACAGCCAACUUGUUAAUUUGACUCAGCGCUCAAUUGGCAUUAUUCACAGUUUGCACAACACAGGCACUUUGAUAAACUUUUCAUGGAAUACUUAUAUUUUAUAUGUGUCAUUUUAAUAAAUUAUGUUUUGUUUAAAUUCAAGAUAUUAUUUAUUUUAAAGUUAAUAAACUGUGUUAUUUUGCAAAUACAAAGAUUACGAACAUUUCACUUCAGCUAUGUGAUGUUAGUCCACAGCUGUUGGUACACAAGUGAUGCCACACUCAAACAUAUUUCAAUGAAACGUAGUUUUUGUAUCCUUAGACAGCGUAUACAUAUAAAUUCAAUAAGGAAAAAAAUAGAGUAGUGGAUGCAGCGCUUACUAUAUAAAAAAAUGAUAUUAUAAUUGAGCGAACGAACUAUAGUGGCAACACAAGUGUUACUGCGGAAGAAAACUGGAACAGUUUGAAUGGCGAUGGAUAAUAAAAAUUGUAUUGGAAACGGCAAAGACGCGGUAAAAAUUUCAGUUUUUAGGCGAAUUUUAUUACAACUAUAAAUUGCUUUUUCGCGCACUAAUAUGUGGUUUUAUAAGAAUAGUAUAACGUAAAGGUCUCGAUUAAGUGUUAAGCUAAACGCGAGUGUAGAAAAAAGUGUGUAAGUGUAUCGAUUUAUUUGUAAAUUCUAUUGAAUGUUUUUGGCUGGGUGUGCAGACAUAUGCGGGCAUAAUUUUAAGGAAAUGAAUUGAACCGGAAAUCGGAAGAAGUAUUGUAAGAGGAACGAAAAUGAUUCGAUGUCUCUCUGCAUCUGUUCCAACCGAUACUAUUGUGUACCAGUUACUUCUACAGGGUCGGAGAGAAUGUUUAGCCUUGCUGGAUUGCUAAUAUCAGAUAGAAGAGCAGCACUUAAGGCUAAAAACGUCAAUAAAUUACUAUUUUUAUACAAAAAUAAAUGGAUUAUUGACGCAUAAAGUACUCUUUGGAAGUCUUUUUAAGUAUAAAUUUAUUGAUCUCAUUUUGCAUAUGUUUAUUAAAAAUUUUAUCUUUUUCGACCUCAGCUCUGAGGGCGAUUUAUACAAUAACAUGAAUAACUUUAUUAACUAUUUUGUGUUUUUUGUUAUUCUUUUCUAGAUAUGGUAAACCUAUUGAUUAUUUCAUAAAAAUAAAGAGUACAAAGCUAUAGUAUCUUAAUUUAAGCGAAAAAACAAAUUUCAAGGGAGAAAAUUAUCGAUAGUAUUUUUUUAAACUCUCGAAACUAGCGAGCAGCACUUUUAACGAUAGUUUUGCAGCUCAAGAGCUCAAGUGCUAUUUUACGACAACGGUGGCCAUGACGAUAAUGGUGAGUGUGGUGGCUACGGUAACUACCCCGCAUACAACAGCGGCUAUGCAGGCGGUUAUGGUGGAUAUGGAAUUAUGGUGGCUCCUAUAGAAUAUCAGAGAGUUAGAUAGAUAGAUAGAUAGAUAGCAUAGUCACAGUGGUCACUACAAUGAUCGAUUUAGUUUCGGAAAUGUUCCAUAGCCCCAAGUUAAUAAUAAAUUAAUAUAGAUGUACAUAUAUAGUGUGUAUGCAUAAGUAUGAUGUUUUCAUUUGGAGAAGCAAAAAAACUAUCCAAACUAUGUUAACCUUGCGGUGUCACAAAUCAUCACACCAAAAGCAAUUUGCCGCUUAGCGCGUAAUGCUGAAAGUGAAAACCGCACGACGAGAAUAAGUCAAAAAGCAGCAGACGUCAUCGAAUGAAGGCAGCCGCUUCACAGCUUAGUUAUCGGAAAGCUAGGCAAAAGGUUAAUAAACUUAGCACUUUUGUGUUGAUAAAUAAAUUUGAAUUUAGUUGAAAUUAAACGUAAAUAUGACUGCGGUGGUGCAGAUGAGGGCGAAAUAUUUUGACCACGGCAGCAAUGCUAUUGCUAAAGUGAGUGAUGAUAAUUUUGGUUGGGUUUUUAUGACAUGCUACAAAGCACAUAAUUUGUAAUUUUUUUUCUUUCGCUUGACUGCGCAGCAAAGCGUUGCGUGCGCUGCGCUUCAUUUUCACAAAGUCGCGUUGAGAAUUCAAAAUUCCAAAUUUGGGUUUUUCUGGUUACCUCCAUCACCACGAAGAUCAGCACGGAAUGAUAUUCGUAUAUGUACUAUGUAUUUAGUUAUUUGUUUUUGUUAAUGCUUUGCUGGCGACCGAUGGUUUUGUGCUCUUGAUCUUGACGCUGGACGCUUCCGUCAAUGACAACACACAGAGCCACAUACUGAUAUGUAUGUAUGUAAUUUGUAGGUUUGUAUUUUUCGUCAUCAACAUGUUUUGCGAUUCUGUAUUUUCGCUGUCUAAAGUCGAUAGCAAUACGCAUGCGUGCGCGCAUCCAUGUUGUUUAAGUAUAAAAAGCAAUGUUCGCACUUCAAUUGCAACUUAGUACUCAACUAACUGAACUGUGCAGCUCAUUACUAGAACUUAGCAAGUAAAAUCAAGGAAUUCAAAUAGAAAAUGGCUAGUUAUCUGCUGAAACUCGCACUCGUCUGCACACUUAUCGCCGCGUUGCAUGCCGCACCUGCACCAAAACCUGCUGGCGCUCAAGCGCGCACUUUCGGCGGCUUGGGCUUGGGUGCGGCAUUUGGUGUGGGUCUCGGUGGUUAUGGUGGAUACGGUGGCUACCCUGGCUACUACGGCGGCUAUCCAGGCGGUUAUGGCGGCUAUUAUGGUCGGCCAGGUUUCGGUGGCGGCUAUUAUCCCGGCUAUGGUGGCGGUUAUGGUGGUAAUGGCAAUUAUGGUGGCUCCUACAGCCAAUCACAAAGUCAAUCGCAUAGUCAAAGCGGUUACUACAAUGGUGGCUAUGGUGGUUUCGGAAAUGGUUUCUUUGGUUAGGAUUCCGAUCAAGUUAAUAGUGUGAAUUUAUAAGUUUAAAUAUUGUUAGUUUUAAAUGCGAUUUUUAUAAAAAAAAAAAAUUAAAACAAAUAAAAAAUAACAAUAAAUCA